UGCCACCUGUCAGUGUCCAUCAAUGCCAGCUGUCAGUGCUCAUCAAUGCCACCUGCCACUGCCCAUCAGUGCCACAUAUCACUGCCUUUCAGUGCCACCUAUCAGUGCCAGUCCGUGCCACCUAUCAAUGCUGCCAAUAUAAGUGCAUCCUAUCAGUGCUGCCAAUAAGUGCCGCCUAUCAGUGCCAGUUAGUGCCGCCUAUCAGUGCCGCCUAUUAGUGCUCAUCAGUGCUGCCUGUCAGUGCCGCUUAACAGUGCCAGUCAGUGCCACUUAACAGUGCCAGUCAGUGCCGCCUAUCAG